AUGCCCGCCCACCUCACCCGGCUGGUCAUUCGCAGGAUUCUUUCCAACGAACCCAUCGUCUACCGCGAUUGCCUCCACCGCCGCGCCAAUGCCUGCCUGCAGCCGCGCUCCCAAACCGUCCGCCGCAAUGGCUUCGCUCAGUCGCGUUCUUUCUUCGGCUUGGCGCGUGAGUCUGCGCGGAAGGUCAAAACCGCCGAUCUAGCGCCAGGAUUGGCGAGCUUGGUCGACCUCAACCACGCCCAAACCGGGCAAAGACGUCCGCCACAUCUUAAAACCAUUUGCGAGGCGUUCAACACGCUGAUCAAAGCCAAAAUGGACUCGCGCGGCGCCUUCACCGACGUCGAGGCUGGCCAUGUGUUGAACACCCUCCGCUAUCUGGACGAAAAGCGCAUAGGCAACCAACUCACCGCUGAGGGAGCGGAGCUUCCGACAAAGACAACGCUGCAAGCCGCUCUGGAUGUUUUGGGCAGGGCCAUAUCCCCCAGGAGCCCGACCCACCUCCUUCUUGCGGAAGAGCUGUUCAAAUUCAUGGAUGCUCAAUGGGCCGCCAAUGCCAAAGAGACCGAUUCCUACAAUCCCAUGUUUAAAGCUUUGUCAAAGACGGUUGUGGUCAUGUCUGUUCACGGCGAGCCCUUACGCGCUCGCGAUUUGCUGGUGGAGAAAUACAACAAGCAUAGCUGGGACCACUCGAAGGAGUAUGGCGCCGCUGUGCCCUGGGCGACCAUAUUAGGUGAGCUUUACGCACAGGGCAACCAUGCCGAAGAACAGCAGACGCUUCGGAUCAUGGAAGAGCUCGCCAUCCCGACAGGCGUCGUGCGGAAGGUCAACGAGAAGUUGCUCGAAAUUCAUGCGAAUCGUAACGACUUGGAGGCCACGAAGAAAGUGUAUGAGGAGAUCACGAAAGUCCCAGGUGGAACGCUUGAUAUCACCCACAUGUACGGUACCAUGUUCAGCUGCUGCCUUCAGCACAACGACAUGGAGUGGGGCCAGUCGCUCGUGCGCUCAAUGCUUGAAACUCUCGAGGUGUUUUACUCAGAUCCGACCAAUGAUCGCCUGACAAGAGCGAAAGCGAUGUGGGAUGCUCUGUUUCUUUGGGCUGCUGGUUCUGGCAAAGGCGUCGAUGAAGUGGAUCGCAUGAUCAACGUCAUGGUGCGGAGGACCUUCGUUGACGAGAGAUCGGUACAACCAGAUGUCGAAACGAUUAACAAGUUGGUCGGGUGGUGCAUGGCCCGGAACGAGCCGUAUUUUGCAGAGAGAUAUAUCGCGCUUGGCUUAAAAUGGGGAAUCCAUCCGAACGCUGAUACUUACUACCUCCAGGUCAAAUAUCGGCUUUCUGGCGGAGACAUUGACGGCGCGCGGGCUGCUUAUAAGCUUCUCCAAGGCGAAGACUGUUCCCAGGGCGAGAAUUCCCUGGCAGCCAAUAAGCUCAUCCAGGCCAUGUGCGCAUCACGGAAAUACCCUUUCAACGCUAUCAUGACCUUGGUGGACGAUCUUAACGAGCGAAAAGCCGACUUCGAGCCCGCGACUGUUUCCGCCCUGAGCGUGCUGCACCUCCAACACAACGAGCUGCACGACGUCAUUGACCUCCUCCAAACCCACUCCUUUCACUUCUCCGCAAAGGAGCGGCUCGAGAUCGCCGACUCGCUCGUGGCCGUGGUCAUGGACCGCAAGCGCGCAUCCACCACCCGUGCCUGGGACACGUACAUCAUCGCGCACACCAUCUUCGCAGAGCUGCCGCGCGAGACACGCACUAUGAUGAUGCAGGAGUUCUUCGACCGCGGGCGGGCGGACAUGGCGUGCCACGUCUUCGCACACAUGCGCGAGCUGGAGGACAAGGCGUCGCGAGCGACGGCCGACACGUACGUGACGGCGCUGACGGGCAUCGCCAAGUUCGCCGCGGCGCCGCGCGUGUCGUCGUCGUCGGCGGCGGCGUUGAUGAUGGAGGAAAACGACGACGACGCCGACGUCGACGCCGACGACGAGCGCAAAAGCGAGUGCCGGAGCCUGCUCGACGCCGUCCACAACGCCAUGAAGCUCGACCUCGACCUCGAGCCGGACACGCGUCUGAGGAACGCCCUCAUGCUGGCGUACACGGAGUGCGGCCUGCCCGCCCGCGCUUGGGGGUUCUGGGAGGACAUCGUCAAUUCGCGUGAGGGCCCGAGUUUCAACUCCAUCCCUAUCGCUUUCCGCACAUGCGAGCGCAUGCCGGUUGAGGGAGAGCGGCGCGCCAAGGAGCUGUGGGCGCGCCUUAGAAAGAUGGAUAUUGAGAUUAGCAAGGAGAUCCAGGCGGCGUAUGUGGGUGCGCUUGCGGGGAAUCAGAAUAUCGAAGGGGCGCAGAUGGUACUGCUUAGGUCUGAGAAGGAGUUUGGAUGGAGGCCGGAUGCUUUCUUACUGGGAACGCUGUUCAAUGCCGCGUACGGCGUGACGAAACAGGAGGAGGUUGAGCGCUGGAUCCAGGCCAAGUACCCGACCCGGUGGGUGGAGCUGCAGAGACUGGGUGCUAGGAAGACGGAUGAUGGGCCGAGGCUGUUCAACAUCGAUCGUUCGUUGUUGCCUUGA